UUUUUAUUGUUUUAGGUAUUUACGAUGAAAUCAAACACGAGUCUUGUGUUAUUUGCAAUGUUUUUGUGCAGUCUUAAUGUACAAAUUUCCUGCACUGAUGGUGAACCUUCUGAUGUUAACCCUCGUGAGCCUACAUCUGUAAGGAAUCUUCGCAUGCGCUUACAUGCGUUUUCAUUUGAAAGUUUUCUUCCGGAAGAGAUACGCAACGACGAAGAAAAAAUGUAUGCGUUAGGCAGUCAAUCUCUUGAUGCUGGUUUAGAUGCAAGACAGUUUAUAAUUAUAGGAAAAGUGGACCAAGGAUAUGCCUUAAUAUUCAACGCAAUAAGAGCUGUAUCCAUCGGAAACGAAAAAAUACACGUUACAA